AUGGGCAACAAUCAACAUCAACCCCCAGAACGGGCCUUCUGUGACCUGUCCUCUCCGGGGCAGGAGGGCAUCAGGGUGGUCCAGCUCUACCUGAUGCCAGCCUUCUUCCUGGGGGUGUUGAUACUGGGUCUCCCCCUCAACCUGCUCUCUCUCUGGAUCUUCUUCCAACGCCUGAAACGCUGGUCCAGGAGUAGUGUCCUGCUCUUCAACCUGGCCAUGGCUGACACCCUUUGGCUGCUGGCUCUACCCUUCCUCAUUCACUACCACCUAAACGGUCUCCACUGGGGUCUGGGUGUGUCGCUCUGCAAGACCCUUCGGUUGCUCUACCACAACUACUUCUACCUCAGCAUCUUCUUCGUUUCCUGCGUUAGCGUGGACCGCUAUCUCGCCAUCGUCCACCCGCUGCGCUCUGUGGUGUUACUCGGCCGCCGGCAGACCUGUUUCCUCUGUGCCGUUAUCUGGGCGAUUUCCAUGGUGAUAAGUGUCCCUGUAGCUCACAUGACUUUGCUACAACAUUGCCCCGGAGACAAUAAUCGUACCGUGUGUACCCUGUAUAUGUUACUGGACGACACUGAGGAGAGCCUACCCUACUCAAUCUGCUGUACCACCAUCGGCUUCCUCUUCCCUCUAAACUCCAUCUGUUACUGUUGCCUCCGCAGCAUCAGGGAGCUGCGCCUCCGCAGCCGCCGGCCACAGGUACACCUCCACAAAAACAAGGGGCGACGUCUCCGUCUGACCCGCGUGUUGACCGCCGUGCUGACCCUCUUUGCCCUGUUCUACCUGCCCUACCACCUAAGCAGGAACGCGGCCAUCGUGAUGCAUGCCAUGUACCUGGGCAGGCCGGCGUUCUGGCAGCCCGUUGUGGCCAUCUCUUUCCAGGCCCUGGCAGUCGGCUUCAGUGGCUUUGCUAUAUCAGGCCAGUGA